GAAUGUGUGCUCCUUUCUACUCUUGCAAAAUUGACAGUGACGUGAGCAAAGGACAAAUUCGCAUAGUAAUAUUUGUAAACUGAUUGAGAUUUUUUUAAUAAAAAUUGUACACUUAAGCUGACAUGGGUGUUCCGAAGUUUUUCCGAUAUAUUAGCGAAAGGUAUCCGUGCCUGAGCGAAUUGGCGCGGGAGCACAGCAUUCCUGAAUUUGACAACCUUUACCUGGACAUGAAUGGCAUUGUCCACAACUGCUCUCAUCCGGAUGACAACAACAUACACUUUCACAUGGAGGAGCAGCAGAUAUUUCAGGAGAUAUUUAACUAUGUGGAUAAGCUAUUCUACCUGAUUAAACCUCAGAAACUCUUCUUCCUGGCUGUGGAUGGCGUUGCACCGCGGGCGAAAAUGAAUCAGCAAAGAAGUCGCCGCUUCCGCUCUGCUCGUGAGGCUGAGUUGCUGGAGGCCAAAGCGCUUCAAAGAGGCGACCGUCGGGAGCACGAGCGCUUUGAUAGCAACUGUAUCACGCCAGGUACUGAUUUCAUGGAGCGGCUGCAACAGGGUCUCCGGUGCUUCCUCAAGACAAAGAUCUCCACAGAUCCACUCUGGCAGAAGUGCUCUGUGAUUCUCAGUGGACAGGAGACGCCCGGCGAGGGUGAACACAAGAUUAUGGACUACAUUCGCUAUAUGAAGGCCCAACCCAACUUUGACCCCAACACCAGGCACUGUUUGUAUGGCCUGGACGCGGAUCUUAUCAUUCUGGGUUUGUGCACGCACGAGCUGCACUUUGUGGUUCUACGCGAGGAGGUCAAGUUUGGGCGCAAUGUUAAACGUGCUUCCGUAGAGGAGACGCGCUUCUUUCUCCUGCAUCUCGGAUUGCUUCGGGAGUAUCUCGAACUGGAGUUCCACGAGCUGACCACCGCUCAACAGAAACUAGAUGUGGCCCAGCUAAUCGAUGACUGGGUCCUAAUGGGCUUCAUGGUCGGCAACGAUUUCAUUCCCCAUCUGCCCUGCCUGCAUAUCUCCUCCAAUGCCCUGCCGCUGUUGUACAAGACCUAUAUACGCAUUUACCAUUCCCUUGGUGGCAACAUCAACGAGCACGGAAAACUCAAUCUGCAGCGACUGCAGACCUUCAUGACGGCUCUCAGCGAGGUAGAGUUGGAUCAGUACAAAGAGCACGCCGAUGAGCUAAAGUACACGAAUUCCAAUACAGAGGCCUUCGACAUAGACAUUCGAGAGAUAUCCUCCUCCAAAAACUACGAUUCUGACCUGGAAGCCCUGAUCGAUGACAGCAUAAAGCUCUACAAGGACGACAGUGACGAGGAUUUAAGCGACGAAGAAGGUGGAGUGAUAAAAGAGUUCCAAAACUACAAGCGUAACUAUUACCGUAACAAGUUCAAUCUUAACUCGCGGGGACAGAAUCAGCUGAUCGAAGAGUUGGGGCACCACUAUGUAACGGCGCUGCAGUGGAUUCUGGAUUAUUAUUAUCGGGGCGUGCAAUCGUGGGACUGGUACUAUCCCUUCCACUACGCCCCUUUCAUCAGUGACCUGAGUAAUAUCGAGACUGUUCAGAUAAAGUUUCAGCUAGGGACGCCAUUUCUUCCCUUCGAACAGUUGCUCGCUGUUUUGCCGGCAGCCAGUUUUAAGCUUCUUCCCGCUGCCUAUCACGACCUUAUGCUGAACCCGACCAGCCCGUUGGCGGAAUUUUACCCCACGGAAUUUAAGAGCGAUCUAAAUGGCAAGAAGCACGACUGGGAGGCCGUCGUUCUCAUACCGUUCAUAGACGAAAGCCUACUACUCAGCGCAAUGCUGCCGUGCGAAGCUCAGCUAUCGCCCGUGGAGAGAGCUCGAAAUAGGCACGGACCGAUGUACCAGUACGACUACAGUCCCCACGAUGUGGGUUCGAUGGCAGCCCUGCCACCGCUGAAGGCUCUGCAGCACGUCAACUGUACUGAAGUGGCCCGGUGGGCAGAAGAGAUUGCUCUGAAUCUCUCCCAUAGCGUUUGUGUUGAAAUGCCGAAUGCGGCUCGUCACGUCUUCUUCCCCGGCUUUCCUACUAUGAAGCAUCUGGCCUUCAAUUUUGAAUUGCGGCACGGUCGGGUUAAAGUCUUCGAGCAAGUCAGCCGCAACCAGAACAUGGUGCUGAUGCCACGAAAGCAAGCGAUAGAUGAUUCUUUGGAGGCAAUAGCUGCACGGUAUUUGGAACAGGUCGUGCACAUUGGAUGGCCCCAUCUAAUAAUGGCCAAGGUUGUGAAGGUAGCCACACGAAGUCAGUGUAUCGACAAGGAGGGAAAGUCCUCCAACGAGUCGCGACGCUUUGAUAUGGAGUGCAAGACGCUGAAAGAACACUUUAGUACGCGCAUGGGCAUUCAGUUCGACAACUACGAUGUUCUCGUAUAUGUGCGUACCUACGCCGGUAGUUCCGUCGAUUUUGGCGCCAAGGGCACCGUACAUAUGAAGGAUGCUUGGAGCAGCAGUAUUACUGAAUACCCUGCUCAGGGCGUGGUUGGUGAGCUGUCUGUGCAAAAGAACAUGCGCCAGCAAUUCUCCAAAAUAGAGCAACUUUUCCCUUCCGGCUGCUUAGUAUUUUUCAUCGGCAGUCCUUAUCAUGGUAGCGAGGGAACUGUGCUGGACCCACUGCUCGUCUAUAGCUGCGGACGCAUCCAGGUCAAUAUACGGGUUCAUCCCGAGCCGAACCUGGAGGAGGCCCGACUGGAGCAGGAGGAACGCGACAAGGACUAUAUGAACACCUUCGACGUCUGCCGCCAGCUGAACAUCAAUGGCAGAGCCCUGGGUCGUCUGACUGGCACCUUCUGGGUGGUGCUCGGACCACGGCGCGAAAAGAUGGAAAACGUAGCCAAACACAAUAUCGGGCUGCAGCUGAAGUAUCCCCGACAAAACGAGGAGCGGGUCGGUUACUGCCGUCGCUCAAACAACCAGUGGUUCUACUCUAGCCUAGCUCUCGAGCUCAUGCAAAGAUACUGUGAACGCUUCCCUGAGGUGGUCAGCUACUUCGGCGUCAGCAACGACAGGAACGAGUACUUUUUUGAACAGGAUAUUUACCCGGAUGCCAUGGGCCAACACAAUAUUGAGGAUCUGGCUAAUUGGGUCCGUCAGCAACAGCACAUGAAGGUGGACCGCAUUGCCUGCGGCUCCAAGACAGUUUGUAAGGAGACCGUGGAACUGCUGAUUGGCGCCGCCGAGGAGCUGCGAUCGAUGCCCGUGAAAGAUGUAAAGCUGCAGGUGAAGCCACACCUCCUCAUUAAACCAAAUGUCACACUGCCCGAAGUGUAUAAGUCCCGUCGUCCAGCGCGCCUGUUCGAUCGCGUCAUAAUCGUCCGAACCAUCUACAUGGUUCCGGUCGGCAUCAAGGGCACUAUCAUUGGCGUACACCCUGUCAGUGACCCCAAUCCUGUUCGGCUAGAGUGUGUUCAUGCCAUCGACACCUUCUGCGAGGUGCUCUUCGACAAGUGCGUUCCCAACUGCAACGACAUCCACGGCAUAGCAGAGGAGCGUGUUUACAAGAUACCAGAAAAUGCUCUCGUAGUAAUUUGUUCAAAUGAAAAUGGACAGAAUCAGCAGUCCGGCCUGCAGUUUGAGAAAAGACGCCAAAGUUAUCUUUCCAACCAAACGAAUUCCCCACGCAUAGAGAAGCGAGAACAGCAGAAUUGGCAGCCACAAAAACAGCAGCAGACAAAAAAGGAGCAGCAGAAGCCUCCGGCAACUAGCAGCCGGUACGUUACGGCAGCAGGGUCGAACUGGAAUCAAAUUACGAUGAAAACACAGAUAGCCGAUGAGUUUGUCAAGCCGCAGUCCGAUCUCCCGCUUAGAUCUAACCAGCAUCUGUCCAAAUGUUAUACUACCAAUCGGGGUCGUUCUACCUUGCCAACUAAGUCGCAAACGGAGGUUGCAAAGGAAAGUUGCGGCCAAAGUUCUACGCGACUUCAGGGAGGCAGUGUUUGCGCAGACCCAAAACCAACCAACAUAUCGCCAGCGAUUGCGACGCCACAAGAACAGACUCUGGCUCUCAUGUCGCUGCUGGGCUUGAAUAAAGAGCAGGACACGUUGCAGCAGCCACUUGGCCAUGUAACUCGUAUUUCCUCGCAGCAGCAGCAGCAGCCGCUGAUAUCUAAAUCGCAAAUACUUCAGCAACCACUUUCUGGACAAAUGCCUAAACUGCCACAGCCUCCGCUCUUUUGGCAGAAGGAGGCUCAGCAGCAAAAACAGCAAGCACAACAAGCCAACCGCAUUCAGACCCAACAGUGGUUUAGAUCUAUGCAGCCACCAGAGGUAAGUCUUCAUCAGAAAGCUGCGUGUCUCCCACGGCAGCAGCCUAAUCACCAGCAACAAAUACAACAGUGGCAUUCACAAAAGAUGCCCCCCCAUAUUUAUCAAUUGACUUACAAUGGAAAUCAGCCAUGUUAUAAUAACACGCUGGGGCAUGAAGUCUACAGCAACCCUCGGACAACACUUGAGCAAAAACAGUAUCAGACACAACAUCCCCAACAACUGCAGGAUAUCAGCACCAGACCUCGUUAUUCAUCCAUUCAGGACUUUGUGCCCACACAAGCAUAUCGUCCCAAGAUAUCGCAGCGCCCUCAACGAAUUGUUCAAAUAGAUGCGGAAAUGCCGUCGUUGACAUCGGCAGGAGAUGUAAACUCCCGAGCUAGUCAUCGGGAAGCAGUACCAAACGAAGGGACUUCUACACUUAAGCAAAUACUGAACACUGAACCGUCGACAUCACAAGCUAAAUGUAGUACCAUCUUAGCUGCGAAGGUCGGUGAAGAUCCUGGUGCUGGUGCAGAAUCCACUGCAGCCCAAUUAAAGAUGAGGAAACAACGAGUGCCUCGCAUUGGCGCAAAAUUCGAUUUGGAUUAUAUUAUUCAUUGAACUCAAAAUAGGAAGACAAAGGAGACUUAAGAAUCACAGACAGCUCAUUGAAAUUCAUUAUCUUUAUAUUAUUAUGUGUAUAUAGCCACUUAUACAUUUCGUUAUCAUCUUACGUCGCUUAUAAAGAACCUCAACCCUA